AUGGACGAGGAGGAGUUUGUAGGUUGCAUCAGCUGCAUGGGAACUAGUGAUCUGUACGACCUAUUUGCUGUUUAUGAAGAAAAUGUCGAAACCUACGCUAGUUUGCUUGAAACCUGUUUCGGAAUUAAGGUACCGAUUCACAUCAGAUACAUAUGCUACGAGUGUGUGGAAAGCCUUGAAAAGUGUGCGACCCUCAAAGAGCAAACGGAAAAGAAUCUGGCCGUGCUACAGAAUAUCAGAGACGAGGAAUAUCUGGACGAAUCAAUACUCGAAGAGGCUGAAUCUUCGAACAACUUCCACCGAAAUGACAUGAAAGAAUUUGACGACUUGGAUUCUGAUCAAAUUGAGGCCUUAGAUGGGACGAUGUUCACGGAAUGCACCAUCUGCGGUGUGACAGUCAGAGAUCCGGACGAUCAUAAGAACAGAUGCCACAGUCUGAAGUCAGAAAUCGAAGGACGGAAGUACUCUUGUCAUUUUUGCGAUAACGUUUAUAUAAGCAAGAAAGCGUGCUUUACACAUUUGAGAAUGAAACACGGAUUGAAGCUAUGCAACGACCAAACUCCGAAAUUUGUCGUAAGGGAACGCAAGAAGUGUCACCUCUGCAGUAGGGACUUCAGUCAGAAGCAGAUCCUCAACAAACACCUGAUGAAGGCUCACGGGAUCGAGGUAGAAAAACGUAAAGCCUUCAUUUGCCCGCUGUGCGACGAGAGAGUGAGCUACGGGUCGAAUUUCAGUGCCCAUUUAUUGCACGUGCACAGAGUACACGAACACGUUGAGCAACUAGAGUUCCACGAUAUGGACGACUUUAUGAUCUACAAAAGCGCAAUACAGGAGGAAACCAAAUAUAGGUUCAGGAAGACGACCGCCAGCAAACAGACGAUUGAGGGGAUCAGGUCGCACUACAUGUGCAGUCAGUCUGGAGUUUAUGUUUACCAGGGUAAGGGCAAGAGGCCGGCCCCAGAGCGCCAGAUAUACAAGACCGGGAAGGCGUGUCCGGCCCACAUGAUCGUCACGGAGACGACGGACCGGGUGCUGGUCACGUUUUACAAGACCCACGUGGGUCACGGCCCCUGUCCGUAUUUUGAGCCCCGAGAGCCAAAGAAGCCGAAGCCGGACUGCUCCUCGGCCGAAUCGUCGAUGCACGAAAUGGAGCCGAAGGCCGAAAACGAGGCCGACGAGAUGGCCGAAACCGAAGCGUUGAUAUGCGACGCUUGCGGGAUGGCCUUCUACGCGAUCGACAAGUUCAGGGGCCACAUCGCGACGCACGGCCUCGAGAUGUACUCGUGUCAAUAUUGCGACGAUGAUUUUCAGAAUCUAGAAUCUUGGUCGGAUCACAUACGAUUGGAGCACAACAUCAAUAUAUUUUAGUUUAAAUAAUGUAGAUAGACAUAGACAGAUUAUAGGUUAAGUUGAGGAGUUAUUAAUUUUGUUAAAAUAAAGGAUUGAUUGUUUUCUUCAUUUUAGUUUUAUUUGUUGUAAUUGCCUUCCACAGUGAUAAUAAAUAAGAUUUGUUACUGUUGAUAGGAUCAGUUGUGGGUCCGCGCGAGUAGGUACCACCGCCCCGCCUAUUUCUGCCGUGAAGCAGUAAUGCGUUUCGGUUUGAAGGGCGGGGCAGCCGUU